AUGUCGAGAAAUAUCAAGUUUUUCUUCGUUUGCUUAUUGAGCAUUGUGGCAGUAACAAAUGCAUUGCCCGCAAGAAAACCAAGUGUAGUGUCUAAAGCAGAUGCGGAUGAUGAUUUAGAUACAAGUGCAAGUACUGCCUAUGUAACUACUUACGUAUCGCCUGGAUUUGGAUACAUUCCUCCCAUUCCAUUCCCAUUUGGAUUUAUUCCUCCAGUGCCUUUUGGCUUUACGAGUUUUGGACCCUUUGGAACUAGCUCAAGCUAUGGAUCAAGCUCAAGCUAUGGAUCGAGUUAUGGCUUAGGAACGGGAGGCUAUACAACGUAUAACACUUAUGGCAAUGGCAUUGGGACAGGAAUCUCCGCUUAUCGCAACGGACCUGGCGGAGUUUCUAUCCUGUUCUUAGCUUUUGUGGCUUUGACAAAAGCUAUUCCAGUAGAAAAAGAAGAAACAGAAGCUGUAGCAGAACCUCGAUCGGAUACUGAUGUUGAAACUGUAAAAGACGAUCUUGAAACUGAAGAGCAUCGCCACUUUGGAUACGGUUUCCAUGGAUAUCGUCCCCAUUAUUACGGAGGUUAUAGAAGGUCCUUUAGUCCGUAUUACGGAAGAGGAUUUGGAGGUUAUGGAGGCUAUGGUUAUGGCGGAUAUCCGUAUUAUGGAGGUUACAGAGGCUACGGAGGAUAUGGAGGCUACGGGGGCUUCGGAGGAUUUGGUGGAUUCGGAUUCUUUGGAUAA